AUGAACGGUGCUCAGUUCACAGACAGAGCUAACAAGGCUCUGCUGGACUCCAGCAGCCUCGCUGAGCAGUACUCGCACUCGCAGAUUCUCCCCAUCCACCUCGCCCAUUCCCUGCUUAAUCCACCUGUUGACGAAUCCAAAGACCAGCAAGCGACUGCACAUGCAUCACAUGAUGCGGCAGCGGCACCGCUCUUCCGCCAGGUCGUGGAACGGGCGCAUGGCGACCCUCAGCUCCUCGAUAGGUCGCUCAUGAAGCAGCUGGUGCGGCUGCCCAGCCAAGAUCCCCCGCCCGAGACUGUCAGUGUGUCACCGGCGCUGGCAAAAGUUAUCCGAGCAGCAAACGAGCUGUCCAAGACACAGAAGGAUAGCUACGUGGCCAUCGACCAUCUGAUCCUGGCCAUGGUCCAGGACUCACUGGUGCAAAGGGCGCUGGCCGACGCCAACAUCCCCAACGUGAAACUCAUCGACAGUGCCGUCCAACAGAUCCGGGGAACCAGGAAGGUCGAUUCCAAGACUGCAGACUCCGAGAGCGAAAAUGAGAAUCUCAAAAAGUUUACGAUUGACAUGACCUCUUUGGCCCGUGAGGGCAAGAUCGACCCGGUCAUCGGGCGUGAAGAAGAAAUCAGACGUGUGAUCCGCAUUCUCAGUCGACGCACCAAAAAUAACCCCGUUCUUAUUGGCGAGCCCGGUGUGGGUAAGACGACCAUUGUCGAAGGUCUCGCCCGACGCAUCGUGAAUGCCGAUGUACCUGCCAACCUAGCUCAAUGCCGACUACUCUCACUGGAUGUCGGCUCCCUGGUUGCCGGCAGCAAAUACCGCGGUGAAUUCGAAGAGCGUAUGAAAGGGGUGCUGAAAGAAAUUGAAGAAUCCAAGGAGACAAUUGUGCUCUUCGUGGAUGAAAUCCACUUGCUCAUGGGCGCCGGUUCAAGCGGCGAGGGUGGCAUGGAUGCCGCCAACCUGUUGAAGCCCAUGCUAGCUCGUGGUCAGCUACACUGUAUCGGCGCAACGACCUUGGGAGAAUACCGCAAAUACAUCGAGAAGGACCAGGCCUUUGAGCGACGUUUCCAACAGGUCCUGGUCAAGGAGCCCUCAGUGCCCGAAACCAUCUCCAUCCUGCGUGGCCUCAAAGAGAAGUACGAGGUGCACCAUGGUGUCAAUAUUCUGGACGGCGCAAUCGUUGCCGCCGCCACCCUUGCCUCGCGAUACCUCACCGCGCGUCGGUUGCCCGACUCCGCUGUCGACUUGAUUGAUGAAGCCGCUGCCGCCGUGAGAGUUACCAGGGAGUCGGAACCAGAGGCCCUCGACACGCUCGAACGAAAACUCCGCCAGCUCCAGAUCGAGAUCCAUGCGCUGGAACGUGAGACCGACGAAGCCUCCAAGGCCCGGCUGGAGACAGCCAAGCAAGAAGCUGCUAAUGUCACGGAGGAGUUACGGCCGUUACGCGAAAAGUACGAGAGCGAGAAGAAGCGCAGCAAAGAGAUCCAAGAUGCGAAGAUCAAGCUGGACUCCCUCAAGGUCAAGAGAGACGAGGCCGAGCGCAUGGGCGAUACGCAGACCGCGGCCGACUUGGAAUACUACGCCAUCCCCGAGACCAAGGCACUCAUCCAGCGAUUGGAAACUGACCGGGCUCGCUCAGAUGCCGAGCAGCGUGCGCGCUCGGGAGAUGCAGGGGAGGCGCUGCUGGCCGACGCGGUCGGUCCGGAUCAAAUCAACGAAAUCGUCGGCCGGUGGACCGGUAUCCCUGUCACCCGGCUCAAGACGACCGAAAAGGACAAGCUCCUGCAGAUGGAGAAGUAUCUGGGCAAGAUCGUCGUCGGCCAGAAGGAGGCUGUCACCUCUGUCUCCAACGCGAUCCGGCUGCAGCGGUCCGGCCUCAGCAACCCUAAUUCCCCGCCCAGCUUCCUCUUCUGCGGUCCCUCCGGCACCGGUAAGACCUUGCUCACCAAGGCACUGGCCGAGUUCCUCUUUGACGAUCCGAAAGCGAUGAUCCGUUUCGACAUGUCCGAAUACCAGGAGCGGCAUUCUCUGAGUCGGAUGAUCGGCGCACCCCCCGGCUACGUUGGUCACGACGCAGGCGGCCAGCUGACCGAGAGUCUGCGGCGCCGGCCCUUCUCCAUCCUGCUGUUUGAUGAAGUGGAAAAGGCAGCCAAGGAGGUUUUGACGGUGCUGCUGCAGCUCAUGGACGAUGGGCGGAUCACCGACGGCCAAGGCCGCAUUGUCGACGCGAAGAAUUGCAUUGUGGUGAUGACCUCCAAUCUGGGAGCCGAGUAUCUCGCGCGCCCGACGACACGGGACGGCAAGAUCGAUCCGCAGACGCGCGAGCUGGUCAUGGGCACGCUGCGCGACUACUUCCUGCCCGAAUUCCUUAACCGGAUCUCGAGCAUCGUGAUCUUCAACCGGCUCACGAGGCGUGAGAUCCGCAAGAUCGUCGAUCUGCGCCUCGGUGAAGUGCAGAAUCGGCUGCAGAACAACGGCCGCAACGUCAAGAUCGAGUGCAGCGACGAAGUCAAAGAUUACCUGGGCGCAGCGGGGUACUCACCCGCCUACGGCGCGCGCCCUCUCGGCCGGCUCAUCGAGAAGGAGGUGCUCAACCGGCUGGCCGUGCUGAUCCUCCGCGGCAGUGUGCAAGAGGGGGAGGUCGCCCGGGUGGUGAUGCACGAUGGCCGCAUCGACGUCCUCCCGAACCACGACGUGCAGGAGGACGAAGACGAGGAGAUGACGGACGAAGACGCAUUGGCCGAGAUGGAAAACAGUGCCGACAUGGAUCUUUACGAUUAG